ACUGAAUGCUUGAAUUUUUGUACAAUUGCCAAACUAAUUAAAAUAUGAUCUAGCGAAGUGGCGUUCUUGAAUCUUCAUCAUCCUCAAUUAUCCUCAUCACAGUGACACGCAAUGAUGUUAGAUGUUUGAGGUUUGACAACUUUUACAUGACGGCACGAUUCGAAACUGACACGAAUAUGUAAAUUCAAAAAAAGAGUAUUCUGAAAAAUUUAUAAACAUGGAGGAAUUCCUACAGUGUAUGAAUGCCUAAUUCACUUGUCUUUUUCCUGGAUCGUUUUGUAGCAAUUGUUUUAUAAAGCAACUGCUUUCUAUUCUCUUUCUUUCUGAACUGCUUAAUUAAACCCUCAGGUCCAUCAUCUACAAUAUCAGAUUAUCUUUCUUCUUCCAGUUUUCAUCUCAAGUAUCAGAUUGCUUUAAUUUUAGCUCCUGGUGCAUUCAGAGAAACAGAUAUGGACUCCAUUGACUUCUUUCAAGUUUUCAUCAUAAUCAUCAUACUCAUCAUGACUCUCUUCUACAUCUACUUCAGAUCAUUAACAUCUUCUUCUUCUUCUUCUUCCAUUUCUUCUGUUGCUGCUGUUGAUACUGAUAUCCCCCCUCUUCAAGAAAAGUACGAUGUGUUUCUUAGUUUCAGAGGUGAAGACACACGCGAUACUUUUACCAGCCAUCUUCACAAGGAUUUACUUCGGAAGAACAUUGACACCUACAUAGAUCGCAGGCUCGAGAGAGGAGAUGAAAUUGCUCCUGCCCUUCUAAAAGCAAUCGAGAGAUCGAAAAUUGCACUAGUCAUUUUCUCAAAAGACUAUGCUUCUUCCACAUGGUGUUUGAAAGAACUUGUGCAUAUACUUGGAUGCAAGAAAAGCCAUGGACAGAUUGUUAUACCCAUUUUUUAUCGCAUAGAUCCAUCACAUGUACGAAAACAGCAGGGAACUUGUGCACUUGAAGAUCGUCCACUUAAGCGCAGUAGGGAUGAGGUGGCCAACCGGAGGGCUGCUUUGGAGGAAGCAGCCAAUAUGUCUGGGUUUCAUUAUUCCAGCAAAACAGGGAGGACAGAGGCCGAUUUUGUUGAGGAAGUUGUCCAAGAUGUUUUGACCAAAUUGAAUCGGGAAUCGUCAAGUGAUUUGAGGGGCCUGUUUGGAAUUCAAAGGAAAAUUGAGAAAAUUGAGUCGUUAUUAUGCUUGGAUUCACCAGGUGUUUGCUGUGUAGGUAUUUGGGGCAUGGGUGGUAUUGGCAAGACUACCCUUGCUGAUGCUGUAUUUCACAGGCAGUGGCAGUCCUCAAAAUUUGAAGCUGCUUGUUUUCUCGCAAAUGUCAGGGAGAAAUCCGAAAAAACGGAUGGACUAAAUGAGUUGCGAAAUACACUUGUUCGUGAAUUAUUGAAGGAUAAAGAUGUAAAUAUCAACACUCCGUCUAUUCCACCUCAUAUUCAAGAUAGGCUCAGGCGUACAAAGGCGUUCAUUGUUCUUGAUGAUGUGAAUGCUCGAGAACACCUAGAAGUUCUUGUUGGUGAUGAUGAUCGGUUUUGCCAAGGAAGUCGAAUCAUGGUAACUGCUAGAGAUAAAGGCCUGCUUGAGCAAAAAAUUGACCAUGAAAAGAUAUACAAUGUUGAGGGAUUAGGUUCUGAUGAAGCUCUUGAGCUCUUUCACUCGCAUGCUUUUGGAAAUAAGUCCCCAACAACAGAUUACACUGAGUUUUCAAGAGAGGUGGUGGAUUAUAUUAAGGGCAUUCCAUUAGCUCUUAAAGUUAUGGGGUCCUCAUUCCGUCGUUGCAAGAGCAAAAAAGAGUGGGAAGUUCAAUGGAAAAAAGUGAAACGAGUUCCAAUCGGAGAAAUCCAGAAAGUGUUGAGAGUAAGUUACGAUGGAUUAGAUGACAAUGAGAAGGAGAUAUUUCUUGAUAUAGCAUGUUUUUGUAAAGGCUAUUUGAGGAAAAGUGUAGAAAAAAUGUUAGAUAGUUGUUAUUUCUUUUUGGAAGCAGGAAUCAAUGAUCUUAUUGAUAGGUCUCUCAUAUCAAUUUCACAAGAUAUGAGGUUAAAAAAAUUGAGAGAGGCAUCCUCAGGAGGACGGAUAGUAGACAUGCAGUCAGUACGUAGAACGGAUAGAGAUGCAUGAUUUGGUGCAGGAAAUGGGUAGAGCAAUUGCUCGAAAACAAGGCAGUAGGUUGUUCAAUGCAAAUGACGUCUAUCAAGCGUUGACAAAUAACCAGAAAGAGGGAGAUGUUCAAGCCAUAUACCUCGACUUGUUUGAGAUUGAAAAGCUACACUUGGAGCAUGUAAACUUCAAAAAGAUGUAUCAACUGAGAUCGCUACAUGCAUGUGUCUCUAAUUAUCGUCCAUUAACUUUUUCUCUUGAUCUUCCCAAUUCUCUUAAAUAUCUUAGCUGGAAAGCAUAUCAUUUGAAAUAUUUACCAUCAAAAUUUUCUGCUCAAAAUCUUGUUGGCCUUGAUUUGUCGUACAGCCAAGUUGUGGGGCAAUUUUGGAAUGAAGACCAGUUUGUUACAGAGUCCUUGGAACUUAAAAUGGAUCAAUCUUAGUGGAUGCAAACAUAUAACUGAAGUCCCAAAUCUCUCUCGGAGUCUAAAAAUUGAGUGUAUAAUUCUGCAUAACUGUGCAAGUUUGGUUGAAAUUCCUUCGUAUUUUCAACAUCUUGGCAAGCUUACUAAUCUUUGCCUUGGGCAUUGCACAAAUCUCAAAAAUCUUCCCGAGAUGCCAUGCAAUCUUGAAAUCUUAUAUUUGUCCUUGACAGCAAUAGAGGAAUUGCCUAAAUCAGUUUGGUCUCAUGAAAAAAUAUCUCACUUAGAUAUUGCAUUUUGUAAACACCUUAAGAGUCUUCCAAGCAAUACUUGCAAGCUAAAAGUCUCGAGUUCUUUUAGUCUAGUAGGCUGCGAAUCUCUUUGCGAGUUUUGGGAGCUUCCCAGGGAUACAACAGUGCUAGAGUUUAGUAGUACAAGAAUAAAAGAAUUGAGGAAUGAAUCAAUAGAGUCUGUUGUUGGUCUCACCGCAAUUAAACUGACCAAUUGCAAAAGCCUUGUGAGUCUCCCAAUGAACAUUUGGAAGUUGAAAUAUCUGGAGAGCCUUAAUCUUAGUGGUUGCUCUAACUUUCAACACUUCCAGAAAUCUCAGAGGCUAUGGAACAUCUGGAGUUUCUAAAUUUAUCAGGUACAAUGGUUAAAGAGGUACCCAAAUCAAUUGGAAAUCUAGUUGCGCUUCGAAAAUUACACAUGGUUGAGUGCAGUAUACAAGAAAUCCCUGAUGACCUUUUUUGCUUAACCUCAUUACAAGAGUUAAAUCUAAGUUUGACCGAAAUUAAGAGCAUACGUGCAAGCGUCAAACAAGCUGCUCAACUAUCUCGCUUGUGCCUCAACGGUUGUGAGAGCCUUGAAUCUUUACCAGAGCUCCCCCCAUUAUUGCAAUGUCUUGAAGCAAAAGAUUGCGUGUCACUGAAGACAGUGUCAAGUUCAAGCACUGCACUCGCACAAGGUUGGGAAAAAUAUAUAUUUUCUCGAGGGCUUCAUGAGAAACAUAUAUUUUCUGAUUGCAGAAAGUUGGAUGAGAAUGCACGGAGCAACAUAUUCGGUGAUGCACAACUCAGAAUUAUGCGAAUGGCAACUGCAUCGUCAGAGUUUAAAGAAGGCAAAAUUGAACAACCAUCAUAUGAUUCAGAUUCAUAUGGAAGCUAUGAUGAUUUUGUUGAGGAACUUUUACGCCAAAGAUCUUUCGUUGGCAAUAUAUGUUGUGGGAAUGAAAUUCCGAAUUGGUUCAGCCAUAAAAGUGAGGGAUGCUCAAUAAAGAUUUGAGCUUCCUCCUAAUUGGUUUAGCACAGAUUUCUUGGGUUUCGCUGUAUCUCUGGUUGUUGCAUACAAGAGAGGCUAUGCUCUAUCUUUUGUUAGGUGGUUCAGGGUUGGAUGCAAGUACAACUUCAAAACAAGUAAUGGUAAAAGCCGUGAAGUAAACCAUCCUUGGUGUAAUCUACUCACGAAUACUGGAUACAGAGAUUCACCUGAGGUCUUUCUGUGGUGUUAUAAUAAUGUCUUUGAAGAAGUUGUAGAGGGAGCUCAUAGCCCCACUGCAUUUUACAAAUUUGUUACUGAGGUCAAUGUUGACUUCACCGUACAGAGUUAUGAUGGCUAUGAGGAGGAGGAGGAGUUGGAGGUGAAAAAGUGUGGGAUAUGUUUGUUGUAUGGCAAAGGUGCCGAGAUGAUAAAGCAGCGGGCUUUGUAUGCCCAAGAUUUCUAAAUUCAAAAUUUCAUUUUAUUUGAGCUUUGCAAGACUUGUGGCUGAGGAUGCCCAAGAUGAUAAAAAUGUCUUUGCAUGACUUGUGUUCUGGCUAA